AUGUCUUUCCACCAGUCUGCCCAGGACGUCACGCUCGACGGCGCCAUCCUUCGGGCCCGCCUUGCCAACGUUGAGGGUGAAUGGAUUGACGCAGAGUUCGACCUUGACAGCAUCCUUGGAAACGACAACGGCGCCUUCCAGUGGGGUGGCGGCGGUUUCUCCGGCUCCAGCGAAGACAUCAGCUUCGAGCUCGAGGGCGACGACCAGGUCCCCAUUCUCCGUGCGGCUCUCUUCAACGUCGACGGCGAGGCGAUUCCGGCCGAUCUCAACCUCGCCGAGAGGAUCCAUAACAACAACGGAGAAUUCUACUUUGAGUAA